CUGAGGUGUCACGGGUGUUGGUGACGUGGGUACCGCCCCGGAGUCAGGUGACAGCGGCGGGUGGAGUCCUUGUAUGUCAGUGGCUGCUGCGAGGCCCCGAGCUUCGGCAACAUGAGUUUUCUGAGCGGUUUGUUUGGUCCCAUAUGUGAGAUUGAAGUUGUACUUAAUGACGCAGAUACAAGGAAACUGUCGGAAAUUAAAACUGAAGAAGGCAAAAUAGAGAAACACUUCAUGUUCUAUGAUGGGGAAUCAGUGGCUGGAAAGGUAAAUAUUGUUUUCAAGCAACCUGGAAAGAGACUAGAGCAUCAGGGGAUUCGAAUUGAGUUUGUAGGACAAAUCGAGCUUUUUAAUGACAAAAGCAACACACAUGAGUUUGUUAACCUUGUAAAAGAGCUGGCAUUACCCGGAGAGUUGACGCAGACCAGAAACUAUGACUUUGAGUUCAUGCAAGUGGAGAAACCAUAUGAAUCGUACAUUGGGGCUAACGUGAGGCUGAGGUACUUUCUGAAAGUAACAAUAGUGAGGCGCCUUACAGAUAUGGUGAAGGAAUACGACCUCAUUGUACACCAGCUCGCCACUUACCCUGACGUGAACAAUUCCAUAAAAAUGGAAGUUGGGAUAGAAGAUUGUUUGCAUAUAGAGUUUGAGUACAACAAAUCCAAGUACCACUUAAAAGAUGUCAUUGUUGGAAAAAUUUACUUCCUUUUAGUCAGAAUAAAAAUCCAGCACAUGGAGCUGCAGUUAAUCAAAAAAGAGAUCACUGGAAUAGGACCCAGCACAACAACAGAGACUGAGACUGUUGCAAAAUAUGAAAUAAUGGAUGGGGCUCCAGUAAAAGGGGAAUCCAUCCCAAUCAGGCUGUUCCUCGCAGGAUAUGACCCCACACCCACAAUGAGAGAUGUGAAUAAGAAAUUUUCUGUCCGGUAUUUCCUGAACUUGGUACUUGUGGAUGAGGAAGACAGACGAUACUUCAAACAACAGGAAAUCAUUUUAUGGAGAAAAGCACCAGAAAAAAUAAGGAAAAGGACAAACUUUCAUCAGCGUUUUGAGUCCCCAGAUCCACAGGCGUCAGCGGAGGAGCCCGAAAUCUGAUUUUUCUGAAGGAUUAGCCAGAGGGCAAAAGGCCAAACUUCACGGAGCGUUGCUGCGUUAUUUCACCACACUAACGGCCUGCGUGUAUCCCAAAUGUACAUAAAUACUGCCGCUUCUGCUGGAACACCAGAACUUUAGCAAACUAGCAUUUUAUAUUUCUCCUUUCAUCCUUUUUUUGGAAAAUGUUGCAUUAACCCAAACAGCAUGAGGCUCCCAUAAGCCACAGUCCCACAGACAUCUCUUGGAAAAUGAUCCAUUAUCCACUUAGGGCUUCUCACAAAGACAAUGUGCGCAGUUUAUUGCUCUCCGUAAGGAGCCUCUGUGCUUUCUAGGCCAAGUGUUCAGUUUACCCCUAAACUUCUAUUUUUUUAGAACGAAGUAUCAUGGCCAAUCUCCCAACAUCCUACAGAAUCACUAAAAAGGUUGCAAUUUAUCAGUGCCACAAUAAACAACAAAACUAGUUAAGUACACAAUUAAUUCAUAUUGUAUAUAAAUUACUUUAUUAUAUUGUAUAAGUAUUUUAUAUUCAUGUUUGGGGGAAAUACUAUUGAUUAAAAAUAAAAUCUCUCUUCUAAACA